CAUUUUAAAAAUGGCCGUCAGAGUGUGAAGUGUAUACAUUUUUUCGUGUUCCGUGUUUUCGCUUAAUUUGAUCAUUUAUUUAAAUGUUUUUGUGAAUUUUGAUUUUCCAUUGCGUUUUCCUUUUGCGUCGCCAGCUAAUUGCAUUAAAAUAAAACCAGCAACCACGUUGUUGUUUGGUGUAAAUUAUUGUGUUGUCGUUGUCAUCGGACAGCAGCGGACAACACCACCACAGCACAGCGCAGCACAUCACACCGCACGAGAGAGUACUUGUUGCAAAUUACAAGCCAUGCCAGCAGCUGCAACAACUACAACAACAGCAAUCACAGCAGCAACUAUCAGCGACAAUGGCAGACAUCAGAAUGAGAAACGUCAGUGAUUAAAACCAGUCAGCGAGGCCAGGCCCCAGCCAGGCGGCCAGUUUUUCCGUGCCAGCCCCAUUGGCACCACUCCAGCAGCAGCAGCAGCAGCGGCAGCAGCAGCACCACCCCAGACCAAGCUUCGAGCGAGUGGCCGGCACAAGACGCUGCUGAAUCAUCAGAAUAGCAACAAAAACCACCAGCGAUCGAGCCAAACCCCUAGGUUCUCUGUAGUACGAGUAGUUGCUUGCUCAAGUGCGAUCAGAGCAGACAUCCAAUUGAGCUCAAAAGAGGGCGGAUAGACAUCAGCCUUUGGCUUUGGCUUUAGCUUUAGCAUCAGCUUCAGCUUCAAGAGACCUUCAGCGUUCGUCGUCGUCAUCGUCAACAACAAUGCUAAUUACUGGACACAGCCGUGGCAGCAGACGCCCUGGCACUGGGACUGCGACUGGGAGUGGGCUGCUCAUCAUCUGCUGCCUCGGCCUGACGACUGUCGCCGCCUGGAUGCCCGAUGUGCGACCCGAUUUGCAAACAAAACAAGAUAAAGUCUUGGCCCAUUUUAUUGGCAACUCGACGGACUAUUUCAAGAUCUUGGACCACAAUGAUGAAAGCGUUUUGGUUGGUGCCAAGGACGUCAUCUAUAAUGUCAGCCUGCAUGGACUGAGGGAGAUCAGCCGUUUGGAAUGGCACAGCACGGAUGCGGACAGGGAGCUGUGCGCCCUGAAGGGCAAGCACGAAUGGGACUGCCAUAAUUACUUGCGUGUCUUUGCAAAGCGGACCGAUGGCCAGGUGCUGCUCUGUGGCACCAAUUCGUAUAAGCCGCGCUGUCGUCACUACGCACAGGUUGAGACUGCGGCCGAGGAUGCUCCCGCCUCCGGCCACAGCAUUGGCAUGCACUAUGAGAUCACCAGAGAUGUCGAGGCCCAAGGCUUGUGCCCCUACAGUCCAGCUCACAAUAGCACCUAUGCCUUUGCCGAUGGCCAGCUGUACAGUGCCACGGUGGCGGACUUCUCCGGCGGAGAUCCCCUGAUCUACCGCGAGAACCUUCGCACCGAGCAAUACGAUCUCAAGCAACUCAAUCAGCCGGACUUUGUGGGCACCAUCGAGCGGAAGGGCUUCGUGCUGUUCUUCUUCCGCGAACUCUCGAUGGAGUUUAUGAACUUUGGCAAGGCCGUCUACUCGCGGGUGGCACGCGUCUGCAAGAACGAUCGGGGAGGACCCUACAACCAUGGCAAGAGCUGGACCUCGUUCCUGAAGGCCCGCCUCAACUGCUCGGUGCCCGGGGACUUUCCCUUCUACUUUGAUGAAAUCCAGGCCAUUAGUCCGAUUGUGGAGCGUGGAGCGGAUUCCCUGGUGUAUGCAGUCUUCACCACCUCGGUGAACGCCAUUCCCGGUUCGGCAGUGUGUUCCUUUAACGUGGACGAUAUACUGGCGGCCUUUGAUGGAGAUUUCAAGUCGCAGAAGGAUUCACAGUCCCAUUGGCUGCCGGUGGAGAGGGAGGCGGUGCCCAAGCCGCGUCCCGGCCAGUGCGUGGAUGACUCCCGCACCCUGACCAGCAUCGCGGUGAACUUUGUCAAGAAUCAUCCGCUGAUGGAGAAGGCCGUGCCGGCAGUGCACAGGCGUCCCCUGCUGACCAAAGUCAAUCUGCACCACCGUCUGACGGCCAUUGCAGUGGAUCCUCAGAUCAAGGCCCUCAACGGUGCUACCUACGACGUGAUCUACAGUGGCACGGACGAUGGCAAGGUGACCAAGUUCAUCAACAUUCUGAGCACGCACCCGAACUCUACUGUGGACCGCCUGAAGACAGUCGUCAUAUCGGAAAUGCAAGUGCUGCCAUUGGGAACGCCCAUACGGGAGCUUGUGAUCUCCUCCAAGAAGAACGCCCUGGUUGUGGUGAGCGACGGAAGCCUGGUCAGUGUCCCUCUGCAUCAUUGUACGCUCAUUGUCGACUGCGCCGGCUGUCUGAGCCUCCAGGAUCCCAUUUGUGCCUGGGAUCUGCAGACGCACGAGUGCAAGAAUCUCGCCACCAGUCAGCACAAGUUUGGCACAAAGACGUACCUGCAGAGCCUGAACACCACCAGGAAGGCGGCGGCCUCCCUCUGCCCUAAUAUGCCCCGUGAUGGCACAGGCGCUGAAACUGUCAGCUUCGUUACCAUGGCUCCAGCACCAACGGAGGAGCAGAAGCUGCUGUAUUCCAAUGUUGGCGCCUCGCCGGGCAGCCAGCCCAGCUUAGAACAGCAGCCAACUGGGGGCGACGACUUUGGGAUGAAUAAGAUUACCCUGACCUCAAUGGACCCCGAGGAGGUUAUGAUUAAUCUGAACGAUCCACAGAAAUCGAUAGCCAGCGUGGACGAAAUUAAGCAAGCGUCCAGUCCAGGCACCAUGCUUCUCUUGUUUGUCGUUUUCAUCACCUUCUUUGUGGGCGGAUGCGUGGGCAUUGUGUGUGUGAAAGCGAAGAACCGCCUGGAUGGUCAAAUGGACGACAGCCACCACAAUCACUUUGGCAAGCCUAUACAAUUUAAAAACCAGAAUACCGGCAAGGACAUCAAUCUGCUGAUGGGCUCCAAUCCCUAUGUCACCACACAGAAAACGCCGAAUUUGGAUCUUGAAAAGGAUCGCAGUCAUGAGUGCAAAAACUCCACAGAACAUUUGGAAAAGGAGCUGCCCUGCAAGACGUCCACGCUGACGAAAGUGAAACGCACUUACAUUUAAUGUGGAAGCAGCAGCAGUAGCAGAUCCCUCUGCAAAAUUAGUCGAAUUUCUCUAUAUAUUCUAUAACAUAUUUUCGUUGUUUAUGUUGCUCUGUUAGUUGUACGAGUAGUAACCCCCCCCCGCCCCACCAUAUCCCUCGAACGGAACAGACAACAGCUUCGGGGAUGCGUUUGAAACGCGUCUCAAGAGUACGGCGCAGAAGCUGUUGCACCAUUUUUUAUAUGUUAGCGUCCCUAAUAUAAUUUAAUUGUAUGUAUUAAUUGUUUAAGUUAAGGUUAUUUGGCAAAAUUUAGUUAAAUUUAUUGACAACAAAUUUCGCGGGCUGCCCAAGCGCGGGCCCAAGCAAUCCGCAUUCCCUUCACGCCGACUUUUUCUGUCCAAGCUGGAAUGCUUGCGCCUUGGGCUAAACGAGUAGCAGCCCCGACAUGUCGGGCCCCUUAUGUGUAUUCUAUAUGUAUAUUCUGUAAGUGCAAAUAUUAGAGCUGUACAAAUCUACACACAUACAUAUCAUAGUACCCAAUCAGCAUGUGGCCGAGAGAGACCCCCAGAGAAUCCCAACCCGCAGCUCGAAUAAUUUCUCGAAAUUCAAACGAAUAUUCUGCAAGUAUUUUGUUAGACUGAAUGUUUAUUUUUUUCUGUAUAAUUUUGUGUUUUUGUGGAGAACUAACAUGCGAGUGCGAUUGCAAAUGCGAACGAUGUAGACCGGGAAGGUCUAUGCUUUGUGGCUAACAAAAGCGUAAAAAUUGUAUCUAACAUAAGCUCAAUAAGGAAUUGAAAAUUUAAAUGUAUUUUUUAUAGUACGAACUAGGCUAAGCUACGAACAAAACUUCUAUGAGGCUGUUUGAUAUGAACUGAGUGCACAGCCCCAUCAUCAUUAUUAUGUUCAUCAUGAUGAUAAAAAUACGCACAAAAAUACAAAAACUAAAAAAAAAACCAAUAAAAUGUAAUCUGAUGAAACAGCAAGCCUUAUAAGUAACAUACAAUCGUGUCGAUUAUAGGCCUUAAAUAUAAAGAAGAGUCUGGCAAAGAAAAGUUUGCCAGAAUAAAUCAGCAUUUUAAUAUUUUUAGUAUGUCUACGUUUUAAGCUGUUGUCCGUCCCACUGAAGAUUUUACAUAAAACAUGUACAAUGGCAAUUAUAUUUUAUAAAGUGUAAAAUCCAAUUUUCGUAUAAAUAAUAUACAUAUAUAUUUUUAUAUGCAUGUGUACGCCUAGUGUCUAACGAAUCUAAGCAUAAGUAAUCCAUAAACGGAAAACAUGAAAAAAGCUUCACAUAAAAUAUUUUUAAAACCUGAAAAAAAGGAACAUAAUCGUAAAGGAAAAAUUCUCAUAUUGUGAUAGAUUUUAUUGAAAUUUUAUAAUGAUGAAAUGCGAUGCCUUUUUGGUUGAAAAACGAUGAUAGAGUCUGAUUGCAUGCAUGAUAAUAUACAUACCUGUAGGCCAGGAUCUUCCGAUUGGAGGAUCAGAUCACAAGAUGGAAGCAAUUCCACGAUGGGAAUUCUAAAGAUUUUUAUUAUUGUGUGUGUCUUGUAUUUUGUAUAUUGUUGUAUACACCCGGUAAGCAAUUCAAAAAUUUAAUAAAGUCGUCAUUUUUUCAAACA